CAGACCAACCACGAGCCACUUCCAGCAGAGCUACCAGCCUCCAGCCUCCAGCACCAAACUCGAGUUGCCUCCCGCCGGUCACUGUUCACCUUUCCCCCGUAACAGGAAUUACUAGAUCUCAGGGCAGGGGGAAGAGAACAGCGUCCGCUGUCAUUACUUUACUUUCACUCAACAACGAGAAAGAAACUUGGCCAGAUUGGUCGAAGCAAGACGCACGAAGAGGGAUUGAUAGUACUAGUUGCGUGCGCGUCGAUGAGGAUUCGGGGGCUGCCGAUGCGCGGCGGCAGGGAGGUGGCGAUCUCCGCCGUCUUCACUGCGCUCCUCGUCGUCUCCAUCCUCUUUCUCCCUUGGAUCCUCCUCACCAGCGGCAGGCUCGGCCCGUCGUCCGCCAAGGAGUGGCCGUUCCUCGCGGCGGCCAAGGACGGCGGCGGCUACCCGGUGUCGUUCGCGUACCUCAUCUCCGCGUCGACGGGGGACGCGGAGCGAGCGGCGAGGCUGCUGGCGGCACUGUACCACCCGGCCAACAGCUACCUGCUGCACCUGGACCGCGAGGCCCCCGCCGAGGAGCACCGUCGGCUGGCUGAGCUGGUGUCCGGGCAGCCCGUGUACGGACGCGUGGGGAACGUGUGGAUCGUGGGGAAGCCCAACCUGGUCACCUACCGCGGGCCGACCAUGCUGUCCACCACUCUCCACGCCAUGGCAGUGCUCCUCCGCGUCGGCCGCCGCUGGGACUGGUUCGUCAACCUUAGCGCCUCCGACUACCCACUCGUCACACAGGACGUUUGGUUAUUUGCAGAUUUGAUGGAGGCCUUCUCGCGGCUGCCGAGGGAUCUCAACUUCAUACAGCACACCAGCCACCUUGGCUGGAAGAUAAAGAAGCGGGCGCGGCCGGUGAUACUGGACACGGCGCUGUACGAGGCUGACCGCUCCGAGCUCCUCCGCCCGUCGCCCAACAUCACCACCAACCGCAGGGGCCUUCCCACCGCCUUCAAGCUCUUCACCGGGUCAGCGUGGACGAUGCUGUCGCGGGGCUUCGCGGAGUACUGCGUGGUGGGGUGGGACAACCUGGCGCGGACGCUGCUGCUCUACCACGCUAACCUCGUCUCGUCGCCGGAGUUCUACUUCCAGACGGUGGCCUGCAACUCCCGCGAGUUCCGGAACGCCACGGUCAACAGCGACCUGCAUUUCAUCCGGUGGGACACCCCGCCCAAGCAGCACCCGCUCUACCUCGGCCCCAAGGACUACCGCCGGAUGGUGCUCAGCAGCGCCGCCUUCGCCCGCAAGUUCAGGGACGGUGACCUCGUGCUCGACAGGAUCGACCGGGAGAUCCUCAAGCGCCGACCGCCGCCCCACGACCACGACCAUGAUGAUCCCGCCGCCUCUGCCUCUGCCUCUGCUGCUAGGCACGGCGGGCGGUUCUUCAGCUACGGCGGGUGGUGCUCGGAGAGGAAGGUGGGGCUGUGCUCCAACCCCUGGGAGCCCAGCAGGAAGGGGGCCAUCAAGCCCGGCGCUGGGUCAAGAAGGCUCAGGGUCAUGCUCAACAAGAUGCUGUCUGGAAGGAACUUCAGGAAGCAGCAGUGUAGGUGAUCCACGCUUCUACCACGUGGUCUAACUCUGAUGAUCCCAUCAACCGUGUCAUGUAUAUAUAGAAAGAGAAAAGAGGAUGCCAAGUUACGGCAAUAUUGGCUGAGAUGGUGCAAAGCAACCGAAAUUAUUCAAAAAAAAAAACAGAGGACAUGUAACAGUAAUUCAUGGCCUAACACGAUUACAUAUUUGGCAGGA